CUCAUGAGUAGCGCUUCAUUCAUCUGAACUUGCAAGCUUGCAGUCACCUCUACCUCGCGCAUCUGCAGCGCCGAAGCAAGUGUGUUAGCCAGGACGCACUGGAAAGGGAUGGACGAGCAGUAGCGACAUGCGGUCGUCAACCAAGGUCCAGCGUGACCUGCAGCCGGUCAUGCGGUUGGGUAAGGCCGCCGCUCAGUGUGACAUACAGGCCAAGGCAUACGGCGCCUGCAUGUUUCGGUCCUACGAGAACAUUGAGAAAGACAUGUGUGCCAAGGAGUUUGCUGCUUUCAAGCAGUGUGUCCAGACCAAGUUCGGUCGCAAAUGGUAGCGUUCGCGUUGUGUAGGAGCAGGCAUACCGACCGAAGAUACAUGCCACCAAGCGCGUAGGUAAUUUUGCACAGCUGGAGUACAGUGUUAUCCUUGUGUAUGAACAGGUAUACGGAGUGAUUGAAGCCGUCCUUUUCAGGGCAUAACGAGCCGGCUCGACGAAAUAUAGCCGAACAGCUCAGUUCUGCUGCCAUCCGUUCGGAUCGCCUUGCAGCAAUGAACUUGCUCUGGCUGGCGAGCCAAUUGCUGCGAAAGGAUUCGCAAAUUGCGUGCCUGGCAUCAUGUUCUGCUGCUGUUGCUGUAACUGCUGAGGAUUCAGGCCAC